AUGAAUUAUACAUACAUGCACGAAGCACUUGACUGUCCUGCGACAGUCAAGUGCUUCGUGCAUCACCACCACCGUCAGCCCGCGCGUACCGAGGAUGGUCACAACUACGCAAAGACCGACCUCCCGGAGAAGGAGGACUCACGCUACCAGCCGAAGCCGAACGUGCCUGCUACCGGUGGCCGCCCGAAGCGUGGUGGCGAAGAGUCUGGCCGCUUCGACGACAACGGCCGUGACAACCAGCACCACCACCGUCAGCCCGCGCGUACCGAGGAUGGUCACAACUACGCAAAGACCGACCUCCCGGAGAAGGAGGACUCACGCUACCAGCCGAAGCCGAACGUGCCUGCUAUCGGUGGCCGCCCGAAGCGUGGUGGCGAAGAGUCUGGCCGCUUCGACGACAACGGCCGUGACAACCAGCACCACCACCGUCAGCCCGCGCGUACCGAGGAUGGUCACAACUACGCAAAGACCGACCUCCCGGAGAAGGAGGACUCACGCUACCAGCCGAAGCCGAACGUGCCUGCUAUCGGUGGCCGCCCGAAGCGUGGUGGCAAAGAGUCUGGCCGCUUCGACGACAACGGCCGUGACAACCAGCACCACCACCGUCAGCCCGCGCGUACCGAGGAUGGUCACAACUACGCAAAGACCGACCUCCCGGAGAAGGAGGACUCACGCUACCAGCCGAAGCCGAACGUGCCUGCUAUCGGUGGCCGCCCGAAGCGUGGUGGCAAAGAGUCUGGCCGCUUCGACGACAACGGCCGUGACAACCAGCACCACCACCGUCAGCCCGCGCGUACCGAGGAUGGUCACAACUACGCAAAGACCGACCUCCCGGAGAAGGAGGACUCACGCUACCAGCCGAAGCCGAACGUGCCUGCUACCGGUGGCCGCCCGAAGCGUGGUGGCGAAGAGUCUGGCCGCUACAUUGAGAACGGCCAUCGUACGGGUAGCGACAAGAAGUUGGGCAAGCCUGAAUACGCACCCAAGCAUGAUCCAAAGCCGGAGGGCAAGAAAAAGGUGGAGCCAUCCCACCGCGACCACCCGAAGUCUGCACCGAAGCAGCACAUUCACGAACUGAGAGUCUUCGUGGAGGUGGCUGCUUUUGAGCUGCGUGCACCCGUUUACGCCGACGCAGACAUCCAGUCCCCCGAUUUGAAGCUGUGA